UCUAUACCGUCCUUCAUUAGAAUUUGUGUUGUUCUAUAACCCAUUUCAUUUUCCAGUUAGGGCAGUUACCAUUUCACGAAAACCCUCUUCGCCGCCUCCUUCUCUGAUUCUCUCUCUAACCUUAACCCUUUCUUCUUCAAAUCUCUUCAUCUUCAAGUUUUUUUCAGAAAAAAAAGCUCUUUUAAUGGCGACGAUCGACCCCGAUGGCGGUGAUAUAGUUCAUUCAUCAAGGCCUCAAAAAAAAUUGAAAUCAAUUCCUUGCCUGGAUUAUCCUGGAGAUUAUUACAUUGAUCGUGAUCAAAUUGUUGAUGAGGAGGAGGAGUCUGAUACCCCUGGAUAUCUCGAAGGCCCUCCCAGGAGGGUGGCUACUCUUGCUAAUUUGAAUUUCUAUAAGCCUCUUGCCGAAAAGGCGCUAACCUACUACAAUUCUAAAGAGUGCACAAAUUUGUUGCUGAAGGAGGUACUUGUUGCAGAUAGGCAGCACCAACCUGAAACAGUGGUGUGCAUGAAUUUCAUCGCUCGUUCUGAAGAUGAUUCCAAGCUGUUUUAUUUCUUUGCUGAACUUCAAGAUGGUCCGUAUCCUGAAUAUGAUGAUGUCAAGGACUUGGAAGAUUUUAAGGAGCCUCAACCUAGUGACUUUCAAGUCAAAGAGUUAUGUUCGUUGGAAACACAUGAUUCUGAUUAUUCGCAAAGUAUUGCUAGCAGAGCUUGGGGUUACAAGGUUGUUUAUCCGCAAGGUUAUUUCUUGAGAUUUUGAGCAUGUCAGGAUUAAAACCAAAUUUGUAAUCUUAAUGAUCAUAAUGGUCAAAUUCUACUACUUUUUUAACUGCUUAUGAGACAUGUUCUUGCACUUCACUAUGUAGGGAACUGAAUGUAGUUUGUAUUCUCUUAAUUUUACCGUUUUUCUGGGUUGUUUGAGUUGUA